AAUGAAAACAUAGCGUGAAAUGCGUGGCAUUUAACCAUUGAUUCAGUGAUUCAUUCAUUAAAUCCAAUCUCGCAUUCAAUUGAAUGCAGUGAACGGACAGUGCAUUCAGUGCUCGCAUACCAUGAGUGACACUAACCUUCCCAUUGAUAUUCACACCAAUAAACUGUUGGACUGGUUAAUAAGUCGUCGCCAUUGCAACAAAGAAUGGCAGCACUUAUUGUCGGACAUCCGCACCAAAAUCAAGUCCGCCAUCCAAGACAUGCCUCCAAACACGGACAUCUCUCAGCUCUUGUCCGGCAAUUGUGAGACAUUUAAACAGAUUUUUAUUACAAUUAUAGUAAUAACUGAUUUGAUGGCAGACAUCGAGUACUCGGUGUGUCUGAAGAUUGUGGACAUUUUGGCCGAAACCGAAGUGAACUCCAAAAACAUUUUCGGUUAUUAUUCCUCUCAGAGAAUGAAAGACUGGAAGGAAAUCAUUAAACUCUAUGAGAAGGACAGCAUUUAUUUAGGUUUGCAUUCACGCGUUGGCUGUGAUUGUCCUUUUGAACCAUUCAUUCGUGUCUUAACAGCCGAUUGGGCGCAGAGUCUGAUCCGGAACGUCAACUAUGAGGUGCCGUCCCUUAAGAAGCAACUCAUGAAAUGUCAGCAAACGGUGGACGAGAGCGAGAGGAGAGCCGAAGAGUGUCUCAAACAAAGCGCUGCUUAUAAACAGGACUACACGUCGGCCGCCAAUAAUCUGGGAAUAACUGGCCAAGACAUCCGAGAAGAGCUGAUGUCUCAACUCAACAAUUUGCCCAAAAAAUUGGAUCAAAUCUUUGGCGACAUUUCACAACUUUCUCUCAUUAGAGACUAUUAUAAAACAUUCCUUACAUUCACUCUUAAAAAAGAUAAAGUGGAUUGUCUGCCAGUAUUGUGUUAUUUACUGGAGAAGGGAAACACCACUUAUUUUGAGUAUCGGACGGGUGUUGUGCCGGAAUUGAUCGAAGAAUUCAAGUCAACCGUUUGUUUUAGUGAUGAAAACGUUAGCCGACAGGCUUCUGAUGUCGGCAACGAUAAUAUUGAUUUCGGCGAUGGAAUAGAUUUUGGUGACGACACGGCCAGCACUGAGACCCCUUCCACUGGAAAUGGAGAUUUUGUUCACAUUGAACAGGACGACUUAUCUCAGGAGCAAAUAGAUUAUGGCAGUGAAGGUGAAGCCAUCAAUUGGGACAUCACUAGUGCUUCAAAUGGUGAUGAGAUCAAAGGGAUGGACAUCACUAUAACCGGCAAUAUAGCGAAGGGAGAGGACGCACAGUCAGUCCUAUUGAACACGACCUCAAGGAAUGAGUUGAUGAACGAACUCAUAGAAAUCGAAGGCUUUCUCGAUCAGAGGUUAUAUGAAUUGCGUUCCGAUGAAGACAUUGUGUCCUCCAAUCAGUUCCAAAGCGCGCCUCCAUUAUUGCAAUUGACAACUCCUGAUGGCGUGACAGCGAUGUUAGCAUUGGUUAAGAAAUUGUUAACCGCUCUGACGGCUCCCAAAAUGAAAGUUCUUUAUUAUAUGAAAGACAGUUCUAAAUAUAUAGAGAAUGUGUCGGAAAAGCUUAAGCACAUUGAAUCCCUUUCCGAGAGGUCUCAGAAUCGGUCGAAACUGUUUGAAAGCAAACGAAUUGCUGCCAUCGAAGAGAUGAGAAUAAUUGAGCCUAAAAUUCCUGUUCUUAUCGACCAAACGAAAGCACUUCAAAGAAAGAUUGAAAGCGAUAUCUCAAAGCGCUAUAAGAAUAGAGUGGUUAACAUAAUGGGUGGCAUUCAAGUCCUCUGAAGCACUGAAUUCAUUAUUGUCUAAAAUUUGUAUUAAUUUUCAUAAAACUUUAUAUAAAGUAUUUUAUGGUUUAUAUUUUAAUAAUUUAUACACAAAAAACAAAAGUGGUUUUAUUUUCAAUAAAGUCUUUAUUACAAAACGAUAUAA